CAAAAUUUGACAAUGUUUAAAAUCUAACCUCAAAUUUAAUCGGCGCUAUUCUUCGGACUUUGCUAAAAAUUUUAUUUAAUUGAAGGAAAAUGACUAUGUUCGCUAAAAUUGUGUUAAAAAAUGCAUUUCAUAACAAUUUUCGGUUAUGUAUUCCAUUUCGAACAUUGUAUGUAACGCAAGUGCAACAUUUAUAUUCACAAACCGCACUUGGGAUUGAUGGUUACCUCCAAUCGAGAAAGAGAAUCAAGGAGCAAUUUUCAAAUUUUUCUGAUAAGUUUCGGACGAAGAUGAUUGAGUUUGUUCAGGAUCCUAAAAACAUGGUUUUCACUGAAGACUUAAAAAAUAUGGUACAUAUAGCGGAACCUGCAGAUCUUGAACUCGUUAUGGAUAUGAUCAAAAAGUUCAACACCAACAAAUCAGAAUUUAGGUUUGGUUCAUUUGUUUUUGGUCCUGUAGUGAUGCGAAUGUACCAUUUUUUGGAUGCUCCCAAUGAGGCUUUGAAGUGCUUUGAGGACCCUGACAACAAAGGUUUCUUCGACCAAGUAAUGACGUACCACAUUUUGCUUGACUUGCUCUACUGCCAUGAAAUGUAUGACGAGAUGUACAGAGUUUUCGAAAGAGCCAAAGAGGCACAAAUAAAUAUGAUUAAAUUCCCCAAGUAUCCUGUAGUUUUGAUUUUAGCAGCGUGUUACAAACAAAACACACCAAAAAGUAUGGAAUACGCUUCCAAUUUGUGGACAGAGAUGACUGACGCAGGCACUGCCCCAGUUAGAAGAGCUUGUACUUUCUUUGCAGCACUAGCACUGAAACAAGGGGCUCCUCAUAUAGCACUAGAGUCAAUAUCAACACAGAAGAAACAUUAUGUCACAGUUAGGAAUAUUAAGGCAAUGGCGCUGGCAGACAUGGGGCGUGUAGACGAUGCUCUCCCGGUGCUAAGGACCGUUUUAGACAUCGACAUUCCUGAAGAAAAGGACAAACACACCUUCUUCGAAGAGACAAUAUCAAGAGUAAGAGCAGCAGUGGAGAAGAAAGGUGACAAGGACUUGCAGAAGGAGUUUGAAACUAUUGAGAAAGAAUUGAAGGAUCGCCGACUUAUAGAUACACAGCAAACUUUAGAGAACCUGUUGAAUGCCGAAAUCACUGCAGGGCCGAAGAAACUGGACAAACCGCGCGGAAUGCCUUUCCAGAAAAAGAUGCCCUACGUUCCUCGCCAAAGAAGGAAUUUCUAAAGAAAGAAAG